AUGAAGAUUCCAUUUAGAUACACAAGAUCCCAAUUAGAAGUAUUCAGGUUUGCUUUCUGUCUUCUCUCACCUGUAGCGGUGAUGUACUGGAUUGGUAUUGAUACAGACAAGAAAUUGAAUGUACCAGGGUUCUGGCCCGAUCCCGAAACUCUAAAUAAGAUCCCAAAGGAACCUUACGAGAUCAAGGCGGAAUUAGCAAGAAUGAAGAAAGAACGACUCGAGAAGAGAAUUAGACUGGAGAAGAAGAUUGCUGAGGAGUAUGGAAUAGAUAUAGAAGCUGAAAAAGCACGCAUUAGAGAGCAGGUGAAAAAUGAACGAUUGCAGAAGUGA